AUGCGGCUCAGCUUGCAUGCUGGCGCCGCUCUGGCGCUCCUUGCCGGCGCCAACGCGGUGCCGACGCCUGCCAACCUCGCCGUGCUCCGGGCGUUAAGCGGACGGGCCGACACGUGCCCGAUCGGCGGUUUUUUCAACGGCAUCGAAGACCAGGGCGACAACGAGGUUCCGCCCGAGUGGAACGGUGGGGGCGGCGAUGGGGGCGGAGACGGCGCAGAUCCUGUCACGCCGCCCGAUGACCCUUUCUUCCUCCGCAUCCUGCCCCUCGGCGCCUCCAUCACAAAGGGCCUUACGUCUGAGCCCUACGGUGGUAAUGGCUACCGCAAGCCGCUGCGCGAUGCCCUCCGCUUCACCGGCUGGCCCGUCAACAUGGUCGGCACCAAGCACGACGGCCUCAUGCACGACGACAACCACGAGGGCACCUCAGGCUUCCUCAUCUCCGAGGUCAUCGCCGCCGCAGAUCUCUCCAUCCCCUUCCUGCCCAACAUUGUGCUCGUCAACGCUGGCACCAACGACUGUGAGCGCAAUAUCGAGUUCGAAACGGCUCACGAGCGCAUGAAGACCCUCGUCGACAAGCUGCGGAGCAAGAUCCCCGGCGUCACCGUCAUCGUGUCCACGCUGGUUCCGCACAUGUGGCCCGAUGCCAAUGCACGUGUGACGACGCUCAAUCAGCGGUAUCGCGAUCUCGUCAAAUUCAUGAACGACGAGCAUGUGCUGCUGGCCGAUAUGAACACGGGCUGGCUUACUCAAGCCGAUCUGACCGACAAGACGCAUCCCACCCAGGAGGGCUAUCGCAAGAUGGCGGCUAUCUGGGAGCGCGCCAUAUACGCAGCCCUGUCACGUAAUGUCGUCACCAGGCCGGCAACCACACCGUACGAUGAUAUAGGCGGCAACUCCUGCCUCAAGGCAUUCGGCUCAGGCAAUGAGCGCGGUGUGGUUAAAACGCAGGCCGGCUCCGGGCUCGAUGAUGGUCCCUAUAUCCAUGCCAGCAGCUCGCGUGGCAUCUUCAACACACUCGCGUUUGGCUCUGAUGAUGAGGACUCGCACCAGCACAGAUUCUUCGCCCAGCUCGUCAACGUCCACGGCGGCUACCGCGAGAUGGCCAUCGACGAGCACGUCCGCCAGAUCGUCGGCACCGACGGCAGUCUCCGCUUCUUCGAGAUGAGUCUCAAUCAAGGCAACGGUGACUUCACCAGCGGAGGGACCAUCAACGUGCAGAAUGAUUGCAAAGCCAAGGGGGUGCAUUGGGGCGAUGUGAAUGGCGAUGGACUCGACGACUUCAUCUGCAUUGGCGCCGAGGGCAACAUGUAUGUCUCCAUCAACAAUGGUGGCAUAUCGCCCCUCUUCACCUAUAUCGGCCUCGUCUUCUCCGUGCCUAGUGGCUACUCGCAGGCUAACGUGAGACUGGGCGACAUCGACGGCGAUGGUCGUAUUGACUACUGUGUUGUGGGUGCCAAUGGUGAUGUACGCUGCUGGCGCAACGGUGGCAUAGGCGGCGAUCCGGAAUACUGGCAGGAGAUGGGCCCUGGUGGCCAGAUUGUUUUUACUGGAAAAGGGAUGGGUGACAUUGCUGGAGUACGCCUCGUCGACAUCAAUGGUGAUUUCCGCGCCGACUGGGUGUACGUUAACGACGAUGGAUCGACCGUUAUCUACAUCAACCAGCGCGGCAUGAGCAAGAACCUGAUCCCAACCUGGAUCAAAGCACAGUCGGGCCACGGAGGCAUGGGCGUCGCCGGCGCGAGGGAUCGAAUCCGCUUCUCCCGAAUCUAUGGUAGCAAUCGGGCUGACUAUGUGUACGUCUAUCGCGAUGAAACCGGAGGCAGGUUCUUUGACCGCAUCAAGAUCUGGGAGAAUACAGGCAAGGGCGGCACCAAGCUUAAAGGCGAUGGUACGCGAUUCUGCGACAUGCGCGGACUGGGCGCCGACGAUAUGGUAUGGGUCAAGAGCACAGGUGAGAUCUCGAUCUACGAGAACAUGCACCGCAACGGCCAGUGGGACUCGACGCCACUGUGGAAUGUGAUGGGUGAGGUUCUGCAAACGUAUCGCGACCGCAAGAGCAUUCACCUCGGCGAUUGGGACGGCGACGGCAAAUGCGAUGUCCUCAGCGUCAACCGUGACAACGGCGCUGUGGAGGUGUGGCGUAAUGACUGGUCCUCCGCCAGAGGCUACUCUUUCACCGCUAUGGGCCAGAUGUCUAGUGGUGUCUCGUGCACUCAGGGUUGGGGUCCGGGACUUUACGAUCUCGGCGUCCGCUUCGCCCACCUCGACGACGACAAGCGUAUCGACUACCUGUGCAUCGAGCCCGAUGGCCGUGCCGACGGAUGGCUUAACACCGCAAAUGACGGCAUGAAGACCUUGGGCCAGGUCAAGAGGACCGAAGGCAAGGACCGGGCAAACCUGCGAUGGGCGGAUGUCGAUGGUGACGGCCUGGACGACUUUUUGUUCAUUGAAAAGUUCACUGGCGAUACGUCUGUAAACCUCAACGCUGGCUUUCAGGAGGCUUCGGGCAGCGCCAUAUUCUGGAACGGUGUCGGCAAGCGCUAUCUAGGGCCCGGCUACGGCCCAAACCUUCACUUCCCGAACCUGGGCGGGCUGGGCGUAGCCGACAUGGUCCAAGUUAAUCCUCAGACGAACGAGGCCUGGACCUGGUUCAACGACUGCUCGGUGGGCGGAAGCCAAGAUGACGAUGAUCCCGUCAAAGAUCCCAACCUCCCCGUGCCACCUUCGUCUGGAGGCGGAGGAGGAGGUGAUGGUGGCUUUGGCGAUGGCAACGGAGGAUCUGCUCCCCCACCGGACGUUGGGGGUGUCUACUCCAAUCUCCCACAUUUCCCAACAUUCGUCUCACUGGGUGACAGCUACGCCGCAGGCAUUGGUGCAGGUAGCCAGGCCGAAAACAAGUGGGACGCACAGGCGGAUUACCAGUGCUUCACGACUGUCAAUGCCUACGGCCACAAUUUCUGGACCACCAACCUGGGCGACAAGAAUUUCGACUUCCUUGCUUGCACAGGCGACAAGAUCGAGAAUGUGCUGACAGAUGGCUCCCAUAGCCGUCCGUCCCAGAUAUCUAUCCUCAAGGACCAGAUUGGCGGCUCUCAGCUCGGCAUGGCAACACUGUCCAUCGGAGGAAACGAUGCCAUGUUUGCAGAAGUCGCUAUCCGCUGCCUGUUUUUCGGAAUGAAUUCGUGUGACCAAUACAUGGCCGACGCCGAACUAGCCGUCGUAGACAUGCGCCCCAAGCUGGUCGAAACUUACCGCGCCGUGCUCGACGCCGUCGAUUACCAGUACUUCACGCUCGUCGUAACUGGCUACGCCUCCUUCUUCAACGACGAAGACCAAUCUGGUUUCGGGCCCGAUGAUGAGAACUGCGACAAGCAGACCAUCUCUGUGGUCGAGUCCGAUAACGUCCUCAACAAGCACGUCCCCUACCUGACCCGCUCCAUCCGCCUCGAGCUCAACCGCGCCGUCCAGGCUAUGAACAAGCAAAUCCAGUUGGCAAUUGAAGAAGUCCAAGCCGACUACCCCUUCAAGCGCGUCAAAUUCGUCGACAUGGAUCCCCUCUUCGACGGCCGCCGCUUCUGCGACAAAGGCUCCGACGGCAAACUGCUCGACCUCGAAGACGUCUACUUCUUCGUGCCGUACGCCGACGACAUCACCGAGACAGGACACGAGCUGAACCCACGUGACACCGACGGCGUCAAAGCCGACCUUACGAAGCGCGACGCCGCAGGCUCCGAGUGCGAGUCGUGGAGCGGUUACUUCUCCGAUCUAUGGGACUGCGCGUGGGCGCAGGCCGUGGCGCAGGCGGGCAGCGACGAUCCUGUCGAUGUUGGUGUCGAUGGGGAGAAGUAUCCUGAUAUAGCGGGGAGGAGCUUGAGUUUCAUGACGAAGAACGGGUUGUAUAAGGCGAUGCAUCCGAAGAGUGUUGUGCAUCAGAGGUUGGCGAAGAAGAUCAUGAGCGAAUGGGAGAGGUGGGGUGCGACGGAUUAA